CGCCCCGGCGUGGUGGUCGCCGCCGCUCGCCAUGGGCCCGGGGCCGCGGCUGCUGCUGCCGCUCGUGCUGUGCGCGGGGCUCGGCGCGCUCGCGUCUUCUCCGGGGCCCUCCGGCGUUCGCAGGCGAGGCCCCUUGGUGACGGCCAAGGUCUUCUUUGAUGUGAGGAUUGGAGACAAAGAUGUUGGCAGAAUUGUCAUUGGCCUCUUUGGAAAAGUUGUGCCCAAGACUGUGGAAAACUUUGUUGCUCUAGCAACGGGAGAGAAAGGAUAUGGAUAUAAAGGAAGCCAGUUUCAUCGCGUCAUCAAGGAUUUCAUGAUUCAAGGAGGCGACUUCACCGCUGGAGAUGGCACUGGCGGUGUGAGCAUUUAUGGUGAGACAUUUCCAGAUGAGAACUUCAAGCUGAAGCAUUAUGGCAUUGGGUGGGUGAGCAUGGCCAAUGCUGGGCCAGACACCAAUGGCUCUCAGUUCUUUAUCACCUUGACCAAGCCCACCUGGUUGGAUGGCAAACACGUGGUAUUUGGAAAAGUCAUUGAUGGGAUGACAGUGGUGCACUCCAUAGAGCUUCAAGCCACUGAUGGGCAUGACCGUCCACUCACCAACUGCUCCAUCGUCAACAGUGGCAAGAUAGACGUGAAAACGCCCUUUGUGGUUGAGGUCGCUGACUGGUGACACAACUAGCAAGAAAGCAAGGAGCGUGCUUUGGCAGGGCUGUGCGUGUGUUUGUGUAUCUGUCUCUCUGUCUUUGUCUUUCAAUUCCUCAGUUACUGUUUUGUUUUUUUCACUUUCUUUUAAUUUUCUAUCCCAGAUCACAGGAGCUAUAAAAAUCAACCAAUCAGUGUUGAGUUUGCAUAAAUUUUGGUAAAUCACUCGCUUAGGGUGAUUUGAACUUAGAAAUAUCCCAUUCCUCCAAUGGUGCUAUUUUUAAACUAGAAAACUUUGUAUUGGAUUCUUUUUUAAAAGAACACAGUAAAUUUUUAUUGCUGAUUUCAUUAUGAUCCCCAAGUUGAGUGAUGCUGAAGAUUUGUCUGAAACAGAUGAGAACAUGAAGUUUAUUAUUUUGUAUUCAAAUAGAAAUUCAGGUAAAUGGAAAUUUGAUUAGUAUAAUCUGUGUUACAGGGAUUUUUACAUGAUAAAAAGGUGCUUUUGUGUUCUCUAUAUUAAAUACUUUUUAUAUGGA